AUGCAAGGGAUACAUCAUUGUUUCUGGGGUUAUUGUUUUGAGAGCCUUGCCACUGAAGAUCCAAGAAGUGAUGAUGGCGAAGGGAUACAUCAUGUUGAUGCCAAUGUUGAAUACUGUUCAGUGAUUAAAACCAAAUUAGGUGCUCAUCGUAUUCUGAUGGGUGCUGAAAUGGAUUGCUGUGAUUCAACAGAUGAGGGAAGAAGAUUUUAUGUGGAGUUGAAAACAAGUCGUGAGUUGGAUUAUCAUACAGAGGAAAGAUAUGAAAGAGAGAAACUGUUGAAGUUCUGGAUUCAAUCAUUCCUGGCAGGCGUUCCUUAUAUUGUUAUUGAAUUUAGGGAUGAUUCAGGACUUGUUCGCACCAAGAGACUCAGAACCAAAGGCAUCACUCAUCGAGUGAAAAUGAAGAACUACUGGAAGGGAGGAGUCUGCCUGGCAUUUGCCGACGAGGUAUUGUGUUGGCUUUACGGAACAGUCAAAGAGAAUGAGGAUUACAUACUGUAGUUUACACCGUCAUUCAACCGGUUAGAGCUUCUUCAAGCGCAAUCUUGCCCCGAUGCGAUUACUAACCACGUUGAACAAUCGUAGCUAUUGACAGGCUUCUUGUUAGUUUGUAAUUCGGAUAGUUCAAAUACAAAGGAUUAAAGAGGAUGGUUUAUAUUU